GACUAGAUCUUUGGAUAACAGAAGUACGGAUGAUUCACUGAUUGAUCGUCAUUUAGAGGACCAGAAGACAUAUUUCACUUGUCACCUUCGAGGAAUCGUACCCUCAGAUCACCCAUGUCAUACCUUCACUCGUAAUGCAAUGGAAACCAAUUACUACAGUUAACACCAAACGUUUAUUUUACUAAUAGUUAGUUAUUAAUGCUACGUUUUUUUAACGGCCACAAGUGAAAAAAAAAGAAAAUUAGUGAUAAUCUUCUUUAUAACGACAGGAAAUUGUCCACAGCCGUGCAUGAAUGAAAAAAGUGAGUGAAUAUUGAACACAUUAUAGGAAAGCUGACACACACGCAUUCACCUGUUUAUCUAUAUUGAACUGUGACAGUGUAUAAUUGUGUAGCGUAGUUCCUCCUCGUCAGUCUGGAUCAAUUCAGUACUAUUGCUGCUUUACAGCUAGCCUCGGCAGGCUCCUCAUUAACACCUGUUCCAAGGAUAAAACCCGUUGUUAAUCUUAGGAGGUUCGCCGGCAAUAACGUCAGGAUGCACCCGUACCAAUAUUACGUUCAGUAUGUUCCUAUGCCUAUAAAACAGUCAGAUUUAAUGGAAAUGAAAGUAAAUUGGGCCACAUCACCCAGUAGUGCACCAAAACAAGACACAAGUAAGCAUUACCAUAUAUUUGUUGGUGACUUGAGUAUGGAUAUGGAACAGCAACAGUUAAAAGAAGCAUUUCAACCAUUUGGUGAAAUUUCAGAUUGUAAAAUAAUAAAAGAUCCACAGACACUGAAAUCCAAAGGAUAUGGUUUUGUCUCAUUCGUUAAAAAAGUUGAUGCUGAAAAUGCUAUACAGAGUAUGAAUGGUCAAUGGUUAGGUAGCCGACCAAUCAGAACCAACUGGGCAACGCGGAAACCUCCUGCUCCGGUACCUAAAGAAGUAAAACAAUUAUCAUAUGAUGAAGUUUAUAGUCAAUCUAGUUCUACUAAUUGUACAGUUUAUUGUGGUGGAUUAACACAGAAUUUAACAGAGGAAUUAAUGCGACAGACAUUUACCCAAUUUGGUCAGAUACAAGAAAUUAGAGUUUUUAAAGAUAAAGGUUAUUCAUUUAUAAGGUUUUCAGAAAAACAGGCAGCAGCCCAAGCAAUAUGUCAGGUGAACGGCACAAUGGUGGCAGAACAGCAAGUCAAGUGUUCCUGGGGGAAGGAAUCAAACGAACCUAGUCAGACCAACUCAUCAGCUGGAGGGGGCAGUGGAAAUGGUACACCACAUCAGAUGGUUAGUCAACCAUCACAACAACAGCCUUCACAACAGCAAUAUUCCGGUUCACCAGGUUCCUAUGGCCAGUAUUAUGCCAAUAUGGGCUAUUGGUACCCAGGUGCAUACCAAAAUAUGGGGCAGGGAUACAACAUGCAGUCAGGCUACCCUGCUGGUUAUGGUAGCUAUCCUUACAGCGGCAUGAACAUGCCAAUGCAGCAAUGGGGACAGAUGCAAAUGCCUCCGGGUCAACAGUUCAACGGUCAACAACAAGGUAUGAUGGGAUACCAAAUGCCACAGGAUGAUUCCUACGAUAAAAGUGAUAAGAGUAGUUACGAUCGACAUGAUGAAUACUUUAAUGAUGCAAGUCCAGAACUAGGCUCCAAUCACUAUUGACAAUUUGAUCAGAAACUGUACAUGAAAUGUACGACAGAGUAUGAGGCGGAAAAAUGGGAAUAGAAUAAAAAAAAAACAUUAAUGAUGUGUAAAUACAUGUACAUAGUAUCAGGGAAAGGGGGGACAACUCUAUGGUGCACAUAAAUCAUUAUCAUUUUACAUGAGAGUACUUGUUUUUAUGCUGGUUUUAUUUCAUUUUAUGCAUUUUACCCUGCUCUCUCUAACACAAAAAUAUUUUACAGUGCAAUUAAUAAAAGUAUUUUGUAAUAACAUGAUAAUUUUUGACCGAAUGUAGCUUUACUCAAUCAUGUCAGAUUCAAUCGUUUUAGAAAUAGCAUUAAUAUCUUGUUACACAAAUGCUUUAUUUACGAAAUAAAAGGUGCAGAUUUCUGGGUAUAUACCAAAGUUAAAUGUAGUUAUUUGUCCAUUUUUUUCCAUUCAAAAUAAUGUUUAAAUCCAUAUUUUUUAAACACAAAUUUAUCAAUUUUAUGUUUAAAUUUAUUAUCAUUUAUGAGCCACUGCAAUAUUUAUUAAACUAUUUGAUCUAUACAGAACAAGAAAAGGUUUCAAUAAUGGAAUUUUUUGUUGAUUUUAAAUUGUUGCAAGGAUGCAAUGAAACAUUUUUUCCAUUUUUAUAUAGAUAUAUCAAAAAAUGAAAUAGAAAUAAAAUGCUAACAAAGCAAUUAUUAUAAAAAGAAGUCAAACAAUGAUUUUCUGUUACCUGUUGCAUUAAGUUUACUGUUGUGUGAUUUUGUAAGAAGAAGUAUUCUCAUUACUAAUCAUGUGUACAUCAUUUUUCUGCUCAGUACACAACUGUGAUGUAAAUGUGUGGUAUAUGUGUAGAGUGUGGACGAUUAAAGAUUCCAUGCUCAAAAAGUAGAUGUCUGAACUUGCAUAGUUUCCAUGACUGAAUUUUAACAUUACAACACCAUUGUAUACUCAAACUUAAAAUUCUAAAAUUAACUUUAUUGAGCUUGAUUCCUAAGAUGGAGACUUUUAAAUGAAAUAAAAUAUGACUGUUUAAUUAAUCUGUAUUAUUCUUUUUCACACAAAUACCUCCUACUUUAUCUUAUCAGAUUUAGAUGAUACUGUUGAACAUGGAAUCUAUACUUUUUGGGUGAUGUAAAAAUUAACUGUUACUUAGCCUCACAGCUUGUAAUAUAUGCCAUAGACAGGGAUACAGUCAUGAAAACUCUAUUGUAAUUAAAAAUAAUUCCAAAUUCAAAAUGUUUCAGGGCAAUACAUCUUUCCUUUGUGUACUGAUUUUUUUCUAUGUUUUCUAAAUAAAUCCUUAUGCACUUCUGUCAAAUUUACAAUAAUAACAUUACCUAGGCUAGAGAUAAAAAAAAAGUUCUCCCUGCAGUAAAUUCUUUGACUGAUCCUUGUUUGUGACAUAUAUUCCAACAUGUGACUGUCUUUGUUAAUAUGUAGUAGUCUAUAUUACAGAUUAUAUGUCAAGAUUUAUAUCUUUGUUAUAAGAAUUUUCUAUGAUUUGUUACAUAAAAAUGUUCCUUUUGUUGAAAAAAAGACAUGUUUUUUUAACAAUUUGUAUUGGAAAGUAUUAUUGUAUAACAUUGCCAUUUUAUAACUGUCUCUGAAAUGAAAUACACCAAAAAUAUCAUUUUACCUGGUCCAUCUGAUAUUUCAUCAUAUGUAAAUAUAGCAUCAGAGGGUUAAAGGUCAUCAUUGUAAAAUAAAUGCUUCCAAUUUAAUGUCAUGCUUGUAAUUACGAUGUUCUGUUGUAGCAGUGUAGUAUAGCACUCUGGUUAAAAACAUGAUACAUGUAUAGCAAACAUUUUACGUAAAAAAUACUUUUAUACUACUCUUCCAAAAUAUCUGAAACUGAUUUUAAUUAUACCAAAAUUUCCAUUCACUGUAUUUCUAAAUUUGGUAAUGUCUGAAGUUUUAUGAUUCAAUAUGUUAUUGAUAAAUCUAGAAUUGAAAGAAUAUAGUUUCACUGUGUAAAAAUAGUGUAGUAAGUUUUCAUUCUUUUAAAGUUUUAUAUUAUAAUGUAGCAUCACUGAUUUAGGUCAUACUAAUUUGUGUAUCAAGUAGAAUUUUAAAUUUAACAUUCCUAAAAACAGAAAGUCGAAUCAACCUUAAAAAAAAGCCAAUUGUCAUUGAUUUGUGUAGAUGAGUGUUAUAAAACGAUCUGCUGGAUUCUACAAACAAACCAUAAUCUGUUUAGACGGAAAAUAAUCAUCCACAAAUAUUAUGUAACUGUUCUAUUUUAUAGCAAUUUAAUUCUUUUAAUGGUUUUAUGCGGUGAAUUUAAUUUGCUGUUAAAGCAUUCUCAAGUUUAUUCAAAUGCAGUUUUAUUUUUGGUUAUUUUAGUUCAUUGGCUCUAAAUUGCUAAGGAGUAUUUAUGAAGUGGUUUUAAUCGGAAUCAUUACUGUUAAUGGAUAUCACACAGUAUAAAUACUGAAGAUAAAACACAUAGAUAACAAAUGUAAUUCAUGCAGUUUACAUGUUAUUCAGGAUACUGAUUACCUCAGAGACAAAACUAAAUUUUAAUCCCAGUCCAGUAUGGUUUACUUGUUUCCCAUUAUUUUCACAUAUGUCUUUUAAAAAAUAUAUGCCUAUUCAUUUAAUUAAUCUGGUAUCAAAUUUAAAGAUGGUUUUAAGAAGCUAUUUGGUGUAAAGAUAACCCUACAUAAUAUAUAAAUGAUUUAAGAACUGUGUAUGGAUGAACUACAUGAAUAAUUCUGAGUAAUUAUAACCAGGUGUUUAUAGAAUUUGUCAUAUUUAUUUGUGUGACUGUUAAGUUAUAGUGCUGAUGUGAUUUUAAAUGAAGCAACAUUUUUAUACACCCUGUAUAAUUUAGAUGAGUGUUGUUUUAUCAUAGUACAGUCUUGAAAUUAUCCUAUUUGAUUUAUUUCUAUUGGUCAUUCUUUAAAUAACACCUGGUAGGUCAGGCAUUUAUUAUUGACCACUUCUGACAUGAAUAAUUAAAAGCUACAGUAAUCAACACCCUUGAUAAGAGUAAGAUACAGACUCUAUCACACUAUUAUAUUAUUGGCAUUAAAGCAUUUAACACUGAAGACUAGUUUUAGCUUAACUGCAGAUAGUAACAACUUUUAACAUGACAUUUGACUAAUUUGCACUAAGGUUGUUGUAUUUAGAAGUUCAUUCAAUUCCCCGUUGCAUAAGCCUUAUACUUUAUUGCUGACUUGCUGCUCAAAUUAAAAGUAACAUGUUUUCAAAUAAGGAAGUUAUCCUUUUGAUAUCAUUUGGUUUUAUAUUGUCUUAUGUCUUCGAUUUGUUUUCAUCCUUAAUACAGAUUAAUAUGAUAACAGAUUUGUUUUUAUAUGACUAUGAAUAGGAUAAUUUCAAGACUUGUAUAUAUAUAAGUUUGAUAAUGUCUUAUUUAUUAUUGUACAUAAGAUAUUUAAAUUGUACAAAAAAGGAAAUUUUGUUGUAUACACAUUCAUGUAACAAAAGAUGUCUUAUUUCUUAUUUUUAUAUGAUGAAAAUUGAAACCAACAUUUUGUUUCGGGAAUGAGAAUUGUUUUGUGUUUUUCAUAAUUCAGGAUUUAUCAAUUAUUGUAUGUAUUGUGAAGUUAGCAUUAGUGAUCUUUACAGUAUAAUCAUAAAUUGCUUUUAGAAUAUGUCCCAACUCCAACUUACAAAAUAAUAGCAGUUAUGUCUUGUCAAGAAAACACUCACUAUUUUAUAAGAAUUUAUAGUUCCAAAAUUGCAUGUAAAACCAGUGCUCAUAAGUAGCAUUCAAAUAUAAUGCAUUUGAUUACUUUAAAAGACCAAUGUAUGUGAAUUUUAUGUCAAAUGUAUGUGUUAAUUUUGACCUUUGCAAGGUCAUAUGUAUGAAACAGUCAUGUUGUUGUCAGGGUGUGAAAAAGACCAAAAAAUUGGUCACAUGUUGUGUGAAAUAGACAUGGUCACAUGUCUUGUGAAAUUGACCGAAUGUGGUCUCAUGUCAUGUGAAAUCGACCUAACAUGGUCAUGUGUUGUUGUACAUGUCUGUUUCAUGUUGUUAUCAUUGAAAUCAUCAUUGUAAAUCAUGUGACAUAAAAGAGAAAAAUAUAAUUUGUACAUAAAAUA